GAACUACAAAAUCUCUGAAGAGAACUGGAUACUGACAACGAGCAGGGAGAUUCCUCAGCUGUGCACUCUUCUAAAAGAGAAACUGCUUUUGAGGGCUGGGGAAGAUGACAGGAGCAAAAAGGAAAAGAAAUGCAGUCUGCAGGAAGAUGCAGGCUGUUCGCUUUGAAGAUAUCAAAAUCUGGUGUAUGAGAAGGCUGCCCAUCUUGAAAUGGAUGCCUGUCUACAAUUGGAAGGAAAACUUGAUUCCUGAUACCGUUUCUGGGAUGAUGCUAGCCAUCCAACAGGUGACUCAAGGGCUGGCCUUUGCUAUUCUGUCUUCAGUCCAUCCGGUUUUUGGUUUAUAUGGCUCUUUCUUCCCUGUCAUUAUAUAUGCCAUAUUUGGAAUGGGACGUCAUGUUGCAACAGGAACUUUCGCUUUAACUUCCUUAAUAUCUGCCAAUGCUGUUGAGCGUCUUGUUCCUUCAGCCAGCGCUAAUUUCACUGCAAACAAUAAUUCAGGAGUUUUGGGCCUAUCAGAGUUCGAAAUGCAGAGGAUUGGUGUUGCAGCAGCAGUGUCAUUUUUAGGAGGAAUCAUCCAGGUAGUGAUGUUUAUGCUGCAGUUGGGCAGUGCCACACUCUUAUUAACAGAACCAGUGAUAAGUGCAAUGACAACAGGAGCAGCUACACAUGUUGUGACUUCACAAGUGAAGUAUCUGCUGGGAAUGAAAAUGCCAUAUAUAUCGGGACCACUGGGAUUUUUUCAUAUUUAUGCCUACAUAUUUGAGAAUAUCAGAUCAGUUCAGUUGGAAGCUCUACUUCUCUCCUUGCUGAGCAUUGCAGUGCUUGUUCUUGUUAAAGAACUAAAUGAGAAAUUUCAGAAAAACAUUAAAGUUGUUCUUCCCAUCGACCUCCUUUUGAUAAUUGCUGCAUCCGUUGCUUGCUACUAUGCUGAUAUGGAAUAUGUCUAUGGGCUAGAAGUUGUGGGACAUAUUCCUGAAGGGUUACCCUCUCCAAAACCACCACCCAUGAAUGUCUUGCCUGAAGUAGUCACUGAAGCUUUUGGAGUAGCGCUGGUUGGUUAUGUAGCAUCACUAGCUCUUGCCCAAGACUCUGCUAAAAAAUUUAAAUACACUGUGGAUGACAACCAGGAAUUUUUGGCUCAUGGCCUCAGCAAUGUGAUUCCUUCAUUUUUCUUUUGCAUACCAAGUGCUGCAGCGAUGGGACGGACUGCACUUUUGUACAGUACGGGCGCCAAAACACAGGUUGCUUGCCUUAUCUCUUGUGCAUUAAUUCUUGUGGUGAUAUAUGCAAUUGGACCUAUGCUGUACUGGCUGCCUAUGUGUGUGCUAGCAAGCAUUAUUGUUGUGGGCUUGAAGGGGAUGCUAAUACAGUUCCGGGAUUUAAAAAAAUAUUGGAAUGUGAAUAAAGUAGACUGGAGCAUAUGGGUUAGUACCUACAUAUUUACAAUAUGCUUUGCUGCUAACGUGGGACUGUUGUAUGGUGUUCUCUGCACUAUAGUAAUUGUGAUUUUCCGCUUUCCCAGAGCAAAGACACUGAAUUUGAAAAACAUGAAAGAAGUGGAAUAUAAAUACAAACCGGAAGAUAAUUGUGAAUCAUUAAAACAGGUAAACAUAGUUUCAGUCAACAACCCAUUAGUCUUUUUGAAUGCCAGGAAAUUUCAUGCUGACCUGACAAAGAUAAUGCAAAAGGAUAACAGGAGCAGCGGGGCAUGUGAAGAUGUAAACAAGAGUGAGCAGAACACAUUGCUGUGUUCAUUUUCCAAUGGAAGUUGUCAUGGUGAAUCGUUGCAGUCAUGUCACAGUGAGCAACGUGUUUUGAUAUUAGAUUGCAGUGGGCUGAAUUUCUUUGACUACACUGGAGUCUCAGUGCUGCUUCAGAUUUACAUGGACUGUAAAAGCAGACACAUCGAUGUGUUGCUAGCGCACUGCAAAGCUUCCUUGAUAAAAGCAAUGCAGUACGGUGGAAAUCUUGAAUCUGAAACUCCUGUCUUCUUUGAAUCUAUUUCUUCAGCCAUCGAUGCCAUUCAGAUUCACAGGAAUUACAGCAAGUUCAGUGAACAGAGUGAAAUGUGAUGUCAACUCAUUGAAUAUGGAUAGUUUCAUCUGCUCAUAUUCAGAAUUAACUACACCACGGUUUCUCCUUAGUUUUUUUCUCCGAGGGAUCUCAUAGAUGAUCUUUUGUAUGCCAUAUAUAUUUACUACAUUCAGUAAUGACAGAACUGCCAUUCAGAAAACAAAAAAUCUUUCAGCUGCCAUCAGGCAGAGAAUGUCCAUGCAAUUGUUCUAUAGUAAGCUUAUAUAAUAUUUUUAAAUAGAUUUAGAUACAAAUUAUUAAAAAGCAGACAUGAGGUACAGGCUGUGUUUACCAGUGAGGUAUAUUCUUUUAAAUAUCUUCUAUUGUAACAUUAGUUGUAAUAUGCAUCUGUAGUUUUGUGUAUGGAAUAGAGACAUUAUGAAUUCUUAAAAGCAUUGCGUUAUAUUUGGUACAGUACAUGCAGGAAGCCAUAUACCAGUGCUGUGUCUAAUGGCUUUACUUACCCUUUCUUCUGUUCGAGACAGCCAUUUGCAAUAGCAGCACCAUAUCACAGCUAACAUACGCUUCUAUUUUUUGUACUUGGUUUUGCAUGCUUUUUAAUGCCUGCCAAGGUCAGUGAAAGCACUGUAUGUUCAGAAAAGGUGGAUGUAUGCUGGCUAAGUGCACUGGCUUGUCUCCCCCUUUAGAAGUUGUCAAAAGUUAUUAUUACAGUUUGCUACAUUUUCAAAGCCACAGGUAUCCUUUAGCUCAGAUCAAAGAGAAAAAUCUGGCAAUAUUUUUCCAAAACUUGUUCUUGUUUCCAGCAUAGAGUAGUCUUCAUUUCCAGUUAGAGCUGUGAUUUGUUUGGUGUAUGAAAUCUUCAGCUGUGGCAGCUGAGGGAUGACAGUGGAGAGAUA